AUGUGGGGCGCCGUGGGGCAGGCGGCGGGCAGCGGCCUGCACGGGGGGGCCGGGGGGGGGGCGCUGGCGGGGAAGGUAGCCGUGGUGACGGCCUCCACCGAUGGGAUCGGGCUGGCGGUGGCGGCGCGGCUGGCGGAGGCGGGGGCGCGGGUGGUGCUGAGCUCCCGCCGUGAGCCCCAUGUGGCGGCCGCCGUGGGGCAGCUGAGGGGCCGGGGGCUGGAGGUCAGUGGCGUUGUCUGCCAUGUGGGGCAGCCCCACAGCCGCCAGGGCCUCGUCCAGAAGGCCCUGGAGACCUACGGGGGCAUCGACAUCCUGGUGUCCAACGCGGCCGCCAACCCCGCCUUCGGCAGCACCCUCGACGCUGACGAGGCCGUCUGGGAGAAGAUCUUCCAGGUCAACGUGACGGCGGCGGCCAUGUUGAUCAAGCUGGUGGUGCCCCACAUGGAGAAGAGGGGGGGCGGGGUCAUCGUGCUGGUGUCAUCGCUGGCUGGGUACACGCCCUUCCCGGGCCUGGGUCCCUACAGCGUGAGCAAGGCGGCGCUGCUGGGGCUGGUGAAGGCGCUGGCGCCCGAGCUCCGCCCCCGCAACGUCCGCGUCAACGCCGUCGCCCCCGGCCUCGUCCGGACCCGCUUCAGCGCUGCCCUCUGGGAGGACGAAGCGAUGCGGGAGCGGGUGAUGUCAUCGAUGGGCAUCGACAGGCUGGGGACGCCAUUGGACGUGGCCGAGGUCGUGACCUUCCUCUGCUGCCCGGCCGCCGCCUACAUCGCCGGGGAGACCAUCGUGGUGGCCGGGGGGGCCCCAUCCCGCCUGUAGGGCGCCCGAGGGGCGGGGCCCGAGGGGCGGGGCCCGAGGGGCGGGGCCUGUGGGGGCAGGGACACGGGCGGGGCCCUCCCGGGGUCACCCCCCCCCCCCCCCCC